AUGAGGUGGACAAGUUCAACCUUGGACGCAUCAUGUCGCCUGGCGUCACCAAGCAUAUGCGGCGGUAGCCAGUUGCUGUGCUGCAGCUCACUUGAGGGUGUCAGGCCGGCUCUGCAGGCGCUCAGUGACGAGCUUCCACAACCCGCCGAAGUCACUGAAUCGGGGUUCUUUGUCCGCAUGAGCCAUUGUUCGCCCAAGGACGCAGAUAACGGAGACCUAAAGCCUGUCAACAACAUCCGCGAGGCGCUCAUCAAGAUUAUUUCAUCAAAGCGGACAGUUCAGAGCCUGCUCAGCCUAUGUACUGCAGUGGCUUGCGACGUCGAUAGCAAGAUCUUCUUGUUCACUUACGCCAAGAUCGACAAGCUCUCCGAGUGGCGCUGCUUCAUACAUAAUGACCGGGUUGUGGCCAUCAGCCAGACACGGUUUCAUUGCCACAACUACGACCUCUCCGACGAGAGUCUACGGCGUUUAGUCGAGCAGGCCAGGCUGUCAUGGAGGGAUAUCAGUCCGACGCUGGGUUUUACAUCCUGUGCGCUCGAUGUCUAUGCCAAAGCUCGGAACUCGGAGUUCGACCUUAGACUCAUUGAGAUCAACCCCGGUGGUCCGCACCUGGGAUCGGGCAGCCUGCUCUUUCACUGGCUGGACGACAGAGCCACUCUCCAGCCCGGGGUCUUUGAACAUACAGUAGUACGGGUCGUUCCGCCACAUAGCCCCCAGAGUCCGGGUGAGCCACAGCUAGUCCGGAAUGAGGGCUACCAGAUUGGUUGGGCAGGCAUUAUUCAGGAUGAGCUGAAGUGUAUAAGAGACCGUGGCUUGGAAUCGAUAUUAGACGUGACUAAUCAUGAUAGGUUCAUGAAUAUCCGGGUCCCUGGUGCUGACCUAGAGUGGCACUUGACAACAAGAAAGGCGGCGCUGAGCUCCUUUGAAGUCAACUUUGGAGGCUCUGCAACCAGGGACGUCACGGAAAGAACAGGUGGAAACCAUCCGAGGUUUGUCAAGCUGCAGAAAGCCUGGUCCGAGUCGAUCAAGGGGUAG